AUGGGGCCGCGCAGGGCGAUGCUGCUGCUGCUGCUGCUGCUGUGCUGGCAGGCGCUGUCCCAGAUCACGGUCCCGCGGCGGCUGCCCGCGAACGCGACGGGAGAGGCGGACGCGGUGUCCUACGUCCUCAGCAUAGAGGGGAGGCCGUACACCAUCCACCUGCAGCAGCACAUCUUUUUAUCUGACAAUUUCAGGAUUUAUGUGUCUAAUGAGAAGGGAUCUUUGCGCUCUGACUCAACCCGUAUCAAGGGAGGCUGUCACUACUGGGGGUACAUCGAUGGCUUCCCCAGCUCAUCCGUGACCCUCAGCAUCUGCUCGGGGCUCAGGGGCCUGCUGCAGUUUGAGAACGUCAGCUACGGGAUUGAGCCCCUGGGUUAUUCUCCUUCUUUCGAGCACUUUGUGUAUCGAGUGAGCGAUGAGAACACGGCAGGUUCCCUCUUGGCCAGCAGCCCCCCAGGCGCCAGUGGAGACCAUUUUCUUUUUCAGCCACUACCAGCUGCAGUGCAAUCUCCCAAAUACCUGGAAGUGUACGUAAUUUUGGACAAGCCUUUGUACAACUAUAUGGGUUCAGACAGGAAUUCCGCAAUGCAGAAGAUAAUCCAGGUCUUCAAUUUAGUCAACAGCAUGUUUAAUCCUCUUAAUGUAACUGUUGUGCUGUCCUCCCUGGAGCUCUGGACGGAGGAGAAUAAAAUAUUGACAGCAGGGGAAGCAGAUGACCUUCUACAGCGAUUUUUACAGUGGAAACAGUCCUAUCUCGCUCUGCGGUCGUAUGACAUGGCUUAUCUAUUAGUGUACAGGGACCAAGCAGCGUACGCGGGCGCAACGGCUCUGGGAAAGGCGUGUCAGAGAGACGCUGCUGGCGCAGUGGCCGUGUACCAAGAGUCCGUGACGCUGGAGUCCUUCUCCAUCCUCCUGGCCCAGCUGCUGGGACGCAGCAUGGGCAUAAGAUACGACUCCCAGGACUGCCACUGCGGCGGGCGCAUCUGUAUCAUGAGCCCGGAGGCGCUACGUGUCAGUGGGGCAAAAGCCUUUAGCAGCUGCAGCAUCAGGGACUUUGGAACCUUCCUGAAGCACAAUGGAGGCGAGUGCCUUUUCAAUAGACCCCGCUUGAACGGAGUGUCCUACCGGAGAGCGGCCGUCUGCGGCAACGGCGUGGUGGAGCGCGGCGAGCAGUGCGACUGCGGGGGGGAGGAGGCAUGCUUGAAGGAUAAAUGCUGUACUAAAAGAUGUCAGUUUAAGCCGGGAGUGAAAUGUUCCUCCGGAUUAUGUUGUAAUGAAUGUCAGUUCAAGCAGAAGAACUCGCAGUGCCGCCCCCCCGCCGACGUGCAGUGUGACCUGGCCGAGUUCUGCAACGGGUCCUCCGCGUCCUGCCCCCCCGACCUGUACGUGCAGGACGGGCACGAGUGUGAGCACGGCACCGGCUACUGCUACAAGGGACGCUGCCGGUCUCCGGACCUGCAGUGCCGGCGGCUCUACGGGAGAGGCUCAAAAAAUGCUCCUGUGGCUUGUUACGAGGAACUCAACAGUCAGCAGGACAGAUUUGGACACUGCGGGUUCCAGCCCAGACAAGGCUACAAGUCCUGUGUUUGGAGGAAUCUCAGAUGUGGAAAGUUAAUCUGCACGUACCCGUACAGCACUCCAUUUCCAUCAGACGCUGCUGCUGUUCUUUACGUCCAAGUGCGUGAGCAUUUAUGUAUAUCUUUGGAUUAUUUGAAUGCACCAAAAAGGCUGGAUCCUCUUCUGGUUCCACCAGGUACAAAGUGCGGUUCUGGAAAGGUGUGUAUAAACAACACUUGUCACCCACAUUCAGUCCUGGGAUAUGACUGCGACAGCGAAGUGAAGUGCCACGGCCACGGCGUGUGCAACAACAAGAGACAUUGCCACUGCCACCCUGGCUGGAAGCCCCCUGACUGCCUACAGAAGGGAUCCCGCCUGGGGGGAAGCAUCGACAGCGGCCUCCAGGAGACGGACGGUGGCCUCUUGCUGCAGCGGGCACUGGAGGACGUGACGCUGGCCGGGCCGGUGUUGGGCUCCUGCCUCCUCCUGCUCAUCCUCGCCGGGGCCGUCUGCCUCGUCCUCAGGCAGCAGGGCCGGCGCUGCGGGCGGCAGCCCCUGAGCACGGGGGGCCCCGCCGGCGAGGAGGGCAGCGACCUCUCGGAGCCGGAGCCGGACCGGGACCCGGAGCCGGAGCCGGACCAGAACCCGGAGCCGGGGCGGUACCGCGGGCGCUAA